AUGAAACGUUUUUUUCUUGUUAUAUUACUUCUGUCGAUGACAAUUAUGAGUUUCGGCAAAUUGCUUCCCAAAUACGAAUGGAAAUAUCUAGAUAUUCUCUGGGACAAUCCGCGACAAAAAGAAGAAGCGAUGUACUUCGGCAAAUACGAUCCUAAUUUAGCUUAUUUAUACGACAUAGAUAGGGCAAAUGAUGGUAGAGUAUUUAUUACUGCGAUGAGAGACAAAGGCAUACCAGUUGGUGUGUUGACCGUAACUGAAAAACAAGGAGAGGGUGGGCCACUUCUACGUCCAUAUCCAGAUUGGUCUUGGUAUAAAGAUGAUUGUAAAGGUAUUACAGGCGGUGUUUAUCAAAUACAAAUUAAAUGCAAUCAUCUAUUCAUUGUGGAUGGAGGCAGAAUUGGAGACGAUCAAUUAUGCUUACCACAGCUACUGAUCUUCGAUUUAUCAACUGAUAAAUUGGUUAAACGUGUUACAAUUCCGUUUAACAUUGCUCAUAAUAAAACUGGCAUUGGAUUGAUAGCUUCAAUUGCUGUAUUCAUAGGAGAUGUGGAAGGUGGUGGUAUAGUAGUAUAUAACGGGUAUACUUCAAAGUUAUGCAGAAUCGAUUCUCAUUUCAUGAAAUCAACUAAUGAAGAUAUCGUGAUAGCAAAUCACCGAUAUCCUAAUAGAGACACUAUCUACGAUUUAUACUAUGUUCCUUUCGCGGGAAACAAAAUGUAUAAGACAAAAAUGUCAAACUUAAUAGAAUGUUCGUCAAAGAAUAUUAUUGAAGUUAAUAAAGAAACUAAAUUGGCGGGUGCAUUAGGAGGCCAAACAGUUGCAAUAACAUCUGAUAGAUGUGGAAUAUUUUUCAGCGAUAUUACAAAAACGUCUAUUAUGUGCGCGGAUGCAACUAAGGAAAUUAAUUCCAAAAACAAGGAGCUCAUUGCAUAUGAUCCAAAAAUGGAAUUUGUAAGCGGAAUGAAGAUUAGAAACAGAAAUAAAUCUCUGGAUUUACGGGUCCAUUAA